AUGCAGGGCAACCAGGUUGCUGCACAAGCGACUCGUGUUUGGUUCUUUACGGAAGAUGGCGCUCUGAUUGAGUUGUACUUGCAGAUUAGCGAAGAUGCUAUUAAAGGUACGGACCAGAAAGCAACUGACCUAUGGCGCAAUGUACACGCAGCAUAUCAAAUGGCUCAGGCGGAGAAGCCGCAUAUACUUCCGCGAAGAAAUAUGAAGAGUAUGUCGUUGCACUGGAGAAGGUUGGCAGCAGACACACUACAGUGGAUAUCUUGCUAUGAUGAAGCGGGUAGACUUCCGGAGGGAGGGAGGGGUUACAACGAAGCUGACCGUGUAAAAAGUGCAUUAAAGCUUUUUCAUCUGGCCACCGUUCACAAUUUCAGUUUUCCUCACGCAGUUGAAAUGCUUAAUAAAGAUCCAAAGUGGAGGCCAAAGCUGGGAUGGUCCUUGUCAAAGGAGGAAACAAAAGCUGUUUGUGAUGUUGAGGAGCAAGGUAGUGCUGGAAGUAGGAAGAGGUCGAGAGAUGAUGUAGGGGAUGAAACCCCUACAGAUGGUUUUUCAUUGGAGGAAUACGACGACCCGAUGGUGUGA